GGUUGGUGGCCUGCAUCACUCACAGCUAAUGGAUGUCUUUACCCACUAUGCUUACAACGACAGUUUCUAUGACAAUGGAACUUGGGGCUUCAACGAGACCGAUCAAGAGCAGAAGCAUGCGUACAACUACUACGCCAUGCUGCUCACGCUGCUCAUCUUCGUCAUCGUCUUCGGCAACGUGUUGGUGUGCAUGGCGGUGUCGCGGGAGAAAGCCCUGCAGACCACCACCAACUACUUGAUCGUCAGCCUGGCAGUCGCUGACCUUCUGGUGGCCACACUGGUCAUGCCCUGGGUCGUCUACUUGGAGGUACUUAAAAAUUGAAACACGUCUACCUUGCAGUGGUAC